GUAUUCAGUGACAGCAGUGUGAAAGUGACCAUGAACCCCUCGGUGCUCUGUCUGCUGGUGCUGGCGGCGGCGGCGGCGGCGGCCCCGCAACGUGAGGGAGCCGCCUUCUCGCGGGAGGCCAUCAAGCAGGCGCAGAACACGCACCUCAUCCCCCGCGACGCAGAGAUACAGAAGGUGCAGGAAGGCAUCGAGCUGGCGGCGUACGAGUCCAUCCCCGGCAACCAGCGCAUCAACCUGGCCGAGAUCCUGGGCGACCAGGUGCCGCCCGAGGUCAUCAGCAACCUGCAGGGGCAGAUCGACCAGGUCGGCCGCAACUAGAGCCGCGACUGUGAUAGUGGCACCAGACUGUGGACUCAAACACCGAUGCUACUGGCAGCGACAGAAAAAUAACAAGUUAUGAUAAGACGAUGUUCGAAAUUUGAAAAGCUGCCAGUAUUAGAACACAUCAAAUAUUUAAAUCCGAUUGAGACAUUCGAAUCGUUCUGAAUUCAAAUCGGGCAUCUGUCCGUUAGGUAACCACACAUUGUAAUGGCGUCGCUUGCGCCACGUCUGCUGCUGCGGGUACUAAAUGCUUAAGUUAUUGGUGUCGCAACAGACUGUGAAUGUGAUAUUGUGUAACAUCUUUUUAUACGUAUUUGUAAAUAUAAUAAUUUUAUAAAAUAAAGCGGUAAAAUUACGCUUA